AAAAAAUUGAAGAAAAUAAGCGUUUCGCUAUUAUGACGCCAAGAGAAAUAAUUAGAGGAAUUUUAUGAAAAAUAAAUAAAUAAAUACGGAAUCCAUUGCAUUGUUGUCUGCAGGUUCUCUCUUUCUCUCUGCCUUAGCUGUUAACCUAAGAAGAGCCAUUAGACUUUUCUUCAGAUCUCUCUUUCUCGCUCUCUUCUUGUGCACACGCAGAGCUCGAAGCUGAACGAUCUCUUCUCCUCCACCUUCAGGAAAGAAUUAAGAUGAUGAACAGCUGUGGAAUCCAACAAAGCUCGGAGAUGAAGAGAAACUCCCUCGUUUCCGAUCGCAGGGACGCCGUCGUUUGCCCUAAGCCGCGCCGUGUCGGUGUCAUCAACCACCUUGCUCGAUCUCUCCGAUGGCAAGUCAGUCACCAGAUGGAGUUAUGUGAUUCGAAUUCAGGAAGCGAGAUUUUGGAUCUGAUCCUCGCAAAGGGUGGUGGUUGUGAGCUAGAUCCGACGAGGACGAUGACGUCAUCGCCGCCGCUAUUCUUCACAGGGUCACCGCCGAGUAGAGUUUCUAACCCUCUAACAAAAGACUCACUCUUUAGGGACGAGCUUCUCGUGGUGGCAACUCCUCCGUCGACUCCACGAGCAACCAAGCCGCCCCCACCAUCUUCUCCAAGGAACGGUGCUGGUGGCGGUUGCGUUAGGACGGCGACUAACUUCGGGAACAAUCCUCCGGUUCGAGUUGUGGGAUUCAAUUGCAUUGACAGGAACAGACGCAGCAGCGUUCCUACUCUUGCAUAAGAGUUCCCCAAAAACAAUGGACAGGAGUUAAAUGCAAAUAUAUAACAGAGAAAGGCUAAAAAAACUAUUAAAAAGGUUUUAGGUAAUUGAUAAUCAUGUGGGUUUUUUUGGGUGAAAAUGUGUAUAUAUGUUGAAAAAGUGGGUAAUUUAAAAAAGGGCUGUUAUAUAAAUCUAGGGUUUUGGAUGUCCAAUUUGGGAAUUUUUGUAAGUAAAAAGGGGGAGAGGAGAAGGGCUUGUGAGUGUUUUGGUGUCUGUAGUGAAAAAAUAAGAGCGUUAGUGUUUCUUCCUUGUUGUAACAAAGGAAAGGCUCGAAAGAGUUUUGAAAUGUGAAGAUAUCAUUUCUACCCCUUUUAUUUUUUGUCUCUUUUGUCCAUAUGUAAUCUCUUUUUUUUGGUCCAUAUGUAAUCUUCAAAGAGGAAUUGAAUGAAAAUCUCCGACUCUCCUCUAUUUGCUGUUGUUUUCUGACAUGUAUUAGUGAUUAAUCC